CAAACAUCACUACGAGCAGCAACGCAAGCUUGCUGCAUCUGAAUUUUGAGGCCGUGGAGAAAUUUCAUAUUCGGCGGCUCAAGAUAAGCUGCAUCCUUUUCCUCCUUAAUUUCACUUCAGGGGGAAUACCUUAUAAAGCGCACCACUCAAGCCAACAGAUAUGACCGCUCGCCAAGCAGUAUCGAUCCUCAAAAAGUCAGCCUCGACAUUACCUGCAAAAUGUACCCUGGUCCUGCAUUGCCUUGUCAAACCUGGAGCAAGUAAGAUCCGCGAGGGCAUUUCUGCAAUAACAGACGAGGCCGUCGAGAUGAACGUCGCCGCUCCAGCGCAAGACGGCAAGGCCAACAAGGCUGUACUUCAGAUUCUAGCGCGCGCGCUGCUUGUGUCCAAGUCAGAUCUUCAGAUUGUGCAAGGGAUGAAGGCUAGAGAAAAAACUAUCAUGCUCCCGGGCUCGGCGCUGUGCCUGGACGCUACCAGAGUUGUGGCUGGCGACGAAGAGGCAAGGCUCGUCGAAGUUGUUAGGAACCGGCUCCAAUCAUACAGGGCUGAUUGAUGUAUUCAUCAGAUCCGUCACAACAAGGCACUGAUCUUGGCAACGGUGGCAAAUAUUGGUCGCCUUGGAAGGUAACGGGCAGCGUCUU